AUGCCACGUCGAUGGAAUGUUGCUGCCACCUGCCGCAUCAUCUUAUCAAAGUCAGCGCACCUACGAGCGUGCAUUGCCGACAAGCUCCCAGGCAAAAGCAAUUCAGUCAUGUUGAGGUCAGCGGUAUGCACACUCCGGCGCUCUUCGACUGUAGCAGCACCGACGGCGAAGACAGCAGCAAACUCAGCUCCCAUGGCCGCACCACAGGCAGCGCAAGAGCCAAUGUUCAAGGUGACGCUCACACGAUCGCCUAUCGGUUUGCCGGAACGGACGAAGCUCUCGCUCAAGACGCUAGGCCUGAAGAAGCGCAUGCAGACGGUCUACAAGCCUCAUCGGCCCGAAUUUGCCGGCAUGAUCCUCAAAGUCAAAGAGCUCGUCACCGUCGAGAAUGUGACGGCAAAGGACGUACCGCGCAAGCCUGCUGCUGGCUUCGAGAUCAUCUGA